AGUGCGAUGGCGACACCGUACAAAUUCGCCGCGCUCAUGUCAAACAUUUUUCAUUUCCAUGGCAUUUCUGUCACGACCAUUUUCACACAAUUUCUUUCAUUUUUCUGCUGCGAAAUAAAUCAAUGUCGAUUGCAUUGUCGGAUGAUGGGUUGUAAAUUUCGGUGGUUGUUCAUUUGUUUUGUAACGAUUUAAAAAGAAUUUCAUUGAAUAAUCGGUCGCAGGUGACGUUUAGCGAAUAGGCUUCAUACUUCAAUCAAGCAAAGCAGCACACGCACACAUGGACAGCGACAGAGGUCGAGACAAUUAAAUCCAGAUAGCGCAAAAGUAGUGAUAGUUGUGCAAAGAAGAAGAAGCAGCACAGAGACGGAGCACAGUAGAAACGAAAGAAAGAAAAGCAAUACUGUCGAAUGCUGAGUGUCUCGCAAAUAGACAUCUUUUUCUCACUCACAGCAAGACACACAAAACCAAAAAUCGAAUCGGAGAAAAAGAACGGGAACAUAAUUUUCCAUUUUCUAGCGAACCAAAAGAAACAAAUAAAAAGAAACCAUAGACGAAACGAAAUCAGAAGAACAAAUAUCAAAUUGCAGUGCAAUUCUGAAGUUCGUAGAUAAAUCGAAAGCUGGAUUUUGUGUUGCAAAUCAAAUCAAUUGUCGACGACUCUGUUUUUUUCUUCUUCUCGCUUGUUAAUGUGAAUCAUAGUCGACACAUAUUACAGAGAGAAAAAUAUUUCUUCGACAUUUGGUGCGUGUGUAUUUGUUUGUCUUAACUACAAAUUUGUUGGAAUCAAUGUAUUUUUAGUAUUUUAGAAGAAGAAGAGUAUCAUAUUUUGAAGUUCAUCGAAUUCGAUUUCGGUGUAGUAUCAAUCCGCAAGUGAAUCGAAAAAAAAGGAAUAAGAUAAGAAGCGAAAUGUCUUGUGUAUAUGUGUCACUAUCAACAUAAAUUAUGCGCUAUCAAGACGGGAACAAUCUGUCUCAAAACUGAAUUGUGAAAUGUGAAUAUUUCGUGUAAAAUUGCCAAUAAAUCUUAAGCAGUUAAGUGUGUGCGGUUGUUUUUUUUCGUUUCGUUUUUAUUUUCGCAAAUUAGAUAGAGAGCGAACGGAUGAACGUGAGUGAGAAAACGAACGAACAAAACAAAAAUGGAAAAAUGAACACAACUCCGCUAAGCAAUUAAUCCAAUUUUGAUUUUUUAAGCAAAUUCUGUGUUUUUUUUUAAAUUAACAUCGACCCAUUCAAUUUACACAUAGAAAUAGCAAGUCUAAUCUUCGGAAAUUAGUGCAAUUAAACGGAUUACAUGGAGAGAGAGAGAGAAAAAAGAAAUAUAUAUAUAUUCAUUGUGCAGUGGCUGGACUGAACCCCCGUGCUACGACGGAUGAGAAACACACCAAAUCGAAAUAUACAAAGUAGCAUCGAGAGCUCGUCGAAAAUAGCCUUUGGCUUAUUCUUUUGGUUGUUGCUCUGUUGUGUGUUGGCUAUUUAUUUUCUUCUGUGUGUUUUUUUUUCGUUCGUUCUUCUUUUUUCCAUCGUUUAUUUUAUAUUCGUCAAACGCUGUCGCGCAAACCGUAUGUUUAUUAACAUGUCUCUGGUGUUGUUCGCGGUCACAAAUCGUCAAUGUGUGUGCCGUGUGUCUAUCAAGUGUUGUGUGGUGGCAUAAGGAGUAUGCAUUUGUAGCUCUAUUUAUCGGCGAUACACCGAUCUAUGUGAACUGAAAAACAAGCAACUUGCUUGUGACUGCUCUGUUGCCGCCGCUUAAGGAAUAUCCAGUUACAUGGAGAAUUUAUUGUUGAUGUCGUUGCCGUCAUUGUCCGUGCUACCUUUUUAUUUUUUGCUCAUCUUUUAUUACCAUUCAAACCCAUCAAAUACGAGAUCCAUUCGACACAAUCCUAUGUGUGCAGUACAAUCACAAUAACAUAAACAACAACAUUCGCCAAAUAGCAGAAAGCACAUGAAAAAGUGUGUACGGCGAGAGAGAAUUUCAUCGCUGCAAUAACCGAAUUUAACCACACCGAACAUUAUCAUCUUAACCCGUUUGCAAACGCAUCGACAAUUUACGUCGUCGCAUUCGACGUAUUCCAGUAGUUUAGUGUUUUAUAAUCGUAAAAAAAAGAAAGAGAUACGACAACAGAAUACAACUAAAAAUAACUGCAAUAAAUAUUUGAAAGAAAAAAUAGAGAGAGAGAGAGAGAGAGAGAGGAAGAGAGUUUGAGUGAGUGUUUCGAGCAAAGCAACCAAACAGAAACAAAAUUGUGUACACAAAAUGCCGAAAUGUAGCCUGAAAACGAGGUACAUACCAGCCACAUUUGCAUGGCUUUUACUGCUUGGAACCACAGUCGCCUUUUUCUAUUAUCCAUGUCAAUAUUAUAUAUAUAAGCAUCCAUGGGUACCUGCAUAUCAAGGCGUGAUAACGUUUUUUGUAAUAGCAAAUUUCACGCUGGCCACGUUCAUGGACCCUGGAGUUAUCCCCAAAGCACCACCUGAUGAGGAUAAAGAAGACGAAUUUCGAUUUCCAUUGUACAAAAAUGCCGAAAUCAACGGCAUUACGGUGCGAAUGAAGUGGUGUGUAACGUGUAAAUUUUAUCGGCCGCCACGAUGUUCACACUGUUCCGUGUGUAAUCAUUGUAUUGAGACUUUUGACCAUCACUGCCCAUGGGUGAACAAUUGCAUCGGUCGACGGAACUACAGAUUCUUCUUCUUUUUUCUGAUAUCGUUGUCCAUUCAUAUGAUGAGCACCUUUUUGCUCUGUCUCUUUUACGUUUUACAUCAUAAGAAAGAUUUAGCUCAACCAGCGUCCAUUGUAGCCAUUGUUUUAAUUGCCAUCGUAAUUGUGCUAGCCAUUCCAAUAUUCGGUCUAACUGGUUUCCACAUGGUGUUGGUGUCGCGGGGGCGAACAACAAACGAACAAGUGACUGGUAAAUUCAAAGGUGGCUACAAUCCAUUCUCACGAGGAUGCUGGCAUAAUUGUUGUUACACGCAAUUCGGUCCGCAAUAUCCAAGUUUGAUGAAACCGCAGAAGUAUGCGGCAUGCCGUUCAACGAAAGAAAACCAAACGAUUAGCACCAUUACAAAUGAAGAGCAAAGGCACACUGGUAAUAAUGCAGUUCAGCAUUCAGGUAUUUAUGAAGUCGACCAAUCGACACAAGUGAAAACCUAUACCGACCAUGGGAACGGCUACGGCCAACGAUCGGGCGGAACAACUCAUUACAGCAAGCUUUCACCGGGACGUGAAUGCUCCGACACUGAUAUGGAUCCACAGGGUACUCAAAGCCAAGAUUGUGAGCCAACGCCACCGUUGCAACGGCAUAAUUCAAACUUUUAUCUACCUCCAAUCGAAGGCGAAUCACCGCGUCACGUUCGAAUGUAUCAUGCACGUCAUAGUCCACAUGCCAGACAAAGGGGCCUUGAUGUAUCACGUGGAUACAAUCCAGAUGCACUAUCACCCGAUCAAAUGAUGACCGGACCGAAUGCAAUGCAACAACAGGGUUCAGCUAUCCGAAUGACCUCGGCAACACCAACCAUGCAACAGCGUAUCAAAGCUCUCGGUGUUGCAACUCCAAUAGCUCUAUCUAGUCCUGUUCGAAGAUCAAAUCCUGGGACACCUACUCAACCACGACGCCCAGACUUCAUUGGCGUAAGCAAUUCCAAUCAAAUGCCUAAUAAUAUGAUGAAUAUUCAUCAGCAGCAACAGCAACAACAGCAGCAAAUGAUGUAUCCGCAUACGUUAGGAAAGCAGCAGCAGCAACAGCACGAGAAUCAAAUUCCCGGUGUUCAUCGUCAGCAGCAGGUGCAAAAUCAAUCAGUUUAUGGUAGUCCACAACGAAGAUUUCUUAGUGAAGGUGAAUUAGUGCGACAAGGUGCUGAAUUAUCUUAUGCCCGAUCAAAUAAUACCGUAGAUAAUAUAAGAGAGUUAGCGAGUAGUCCACAGCAUGGUGUUUACAUGUGGAAAGACAAUUCACCCGGCUACAAUAACGGUCAAACCGUCGGCCCACAAUUUCCCGGAGCACAACAGCAGCAGCAGCAGCAGCAACAACAACACAGCAACAUGAAUAUGCAUCACGAAUACAUGCGAGCCGCUCAACAAAUGCCACCACCGCCAGGCCAUAUGGUGACCCAACAACAGCAUUACGUACCAAAUAACAUGCAACACGAUUACAGUGUUGGCCGUCAUCGAUCGAAUCCGACUAGUCCGACACAGCAACACGGGAAUGUUGCCAACAAUAAUGCUCAACGAUUUAAUCAAGUGCCGAUCACAACAACAGCUGGUGGUUAUCAUCCGGCGUUAAGAGGUGGCGUCCCCGUGUUCCCACCACAGCCACAACCAUCACCGCAAGGCAAACGAAAAGCAACACCAACGCGUCCGAUUUCAUUUGUGCGUGCACUCGAAAUGGCCGACUCCAUGGAAAUGCAAGCAAUGACUUCUGAUCAAAAAUCGGGCGGUGCGAUCAAAAACAACGGAAUGAUCAGCUCAAGUGCAAUAAACAAUAAUGCUGGCAAUCAAUCGAAUACUCAAAAAACCACUACACCAACUCCCGAUCGUGCUAGUGUUUAUGAUGUUAACUAUGAAAUCUCCGUAUAGUUUUUGAAUUUGAUGUCCAAGCGAUAGAAUAAUACACUCACACGAAUUAUGUAAACAAAACACCUAGAAGUUAAACACAGAAAAACCAACCUAAAUGAAAAAAAAAACAAGACUCUUGUGAAUUAUUAUGAAUUAAAUGUUUUAAAUGGAAUCAAAUUCUAUCUCGUGAUCAUCAAAUAGCAAUGUCCUACAUUUAUGCAUCGCAUUCAUACACCGACCAGAUAUAGAUAAAUGUGCUUUCGAGACAACAGCAAACAACAAAUCGACCCCUAGCAAAGAAAAAAAACAACACUCACAUACACACAGAUACAAUGUGACGUGUGUGCGCCCCCCUGAAAUCGAAAGUCUUCAGCUGUCAUUUUUGUAGAAAUUAAGUGAAUAUGUAAAAAUAAGCAUAAAAAACAGCAGUUCUUUGUAAGAAGUCAAUCUAUAGAAGAACAUAAUCAAUGUAUAAAAUAAUCUAGAUAAAUGUGAAAUGUGAGAAACAACAAUGAAGAAGAAAGAAACCAAUGAGGUGAGGCGGCAAAAAGGCAGAAGAUGACGUUAUUUCAUAUCUUUGCAAUAGCAAAAAAAUGAUAGUUCACUGUUUUUUUGUUUGUUUUUUUCUUUGUGUUCGAUGAGACUUUGAUUUUCAAAGUCAAUUUUGUAUUUGUUGGUAGGUUGAGUUAUGAACGGCUGUCGCCCAUUCAGUACGACACAAAGUCAUUUGAUAGAUGAUUUUUUUUCGCCACCACCCAAAAAUAAAUAAGAACGUAGAAACUGUGUUUAUGUACAUAAAAAGAAGUGGAAACACCUUUCAUAUAGUUCAUGUCAUGGAAGUUUAUGUCAAGAUGAAAUGAUAUAUAUAUAUAUUUUUGUGAAAUGAAGAACAAAUUAAUUCAUGUUACGUUCCCGUUUGAGCUACUCCUCUUUGUGAAAACCGUCUCUUCUAUAUUCACUUCGAAAGAAUCGCAAAGCACUAAAUAUCUAGCUACAGAAUGAAACUAAUGCAAUUUAUGCACUCAUAAUAGAUUCAAUGGAGAAAUAGAGAAAUGCUAACGAAAGUCAAUCGUCCGUCCGAUAUGAUCUUUCAUUCUGUCUUUCUUCAUCUUGAUGCGAUCACAUCAAAAUUCUUGUGAUCCCCUACCACACACAAACCUUACUAAUUCAUGUUUUGUUUUUGUUCAAUUGUGUGUUUCAGACUUCAGUUAACUUAUUCUUUGUUAAAAUAAAUUAUUUUUUAAACUCCUUAUUAGGAAAAAAGAAAAACGAAAAGAAGAAGAAAAAACAAUGAAAAAUCAAUCAAAUCCUAUCUAUAAUAUGUAAAAUGUUCAAAGAAUGUAACAAACAAAACGGUAAAUUUGUUAGUUUUCAUUAAUGUUUAGUCAAAAUGGUGUUUUGUUUGUUUCUUCCUCCGUUCUUUUGUUUAUCUAAUGGCUUUAUGUUUUUAAGGUGCAUCGCGUUUUUUGUUCUCUAUUUUCUUUUCUAAAAUCGUGUUCAUCCAAACGGAUGUUCAACACUCAUUUUUCUAUUUACACAUUGAUUCAAAUAGCAGUCGUGAAACCCAGACAACAAUUUUUCAAAACGGAAAGGGAAAAAGAGAAAGAAAAGGGGAAAAAACAGUUGCGUAUUUACAAAAUGAGAUGAAAAUUCCGUGGACAUAACCAUUCUUCAUUCGAAUAGCAAUCAUUUUAAAGUUGUUAUUGAAUUAGAAACAUUAUUAUGGGACUAGAUAGCAAAGUAAAUAGACAAUUACACGUACAUUCACUGUAAAAUUGCAUUUAAAAGAAAUAAAGAGAAAAAGAAAUUAAUGAUUUGUAUAACAAACAGAAACAACAACAACAAAAUUCAUCGAUUGUCAUUAAGAUUUUUUUUUU